UGCAGGCAGCGCGGCGCCCCUUCGCCUACCUGCGGACGCCCGCCCGAGCCCCGCCUGAGCCCUGGGCGCUCCCCGGCCGGGCCAGGGCCAUCGGCCUCGUCAGUGCGAACCUCUGCCUGCUGCCUGAGGGGCUGGCCAAGUUCAGCAACCUGUGGCGGACGCAGUGGCGUGCCACCCACAUCGCCCAGAGCCUGGCGUGCACAGCACAGUGCUCCGCCUCCAGUGGCCCCCGUGAGCCCCACAACGGCCCGGCCAUCCCACACAGGCUACCCGGCCCCCCUGCCAGAGCCCGGAGCCACCCCCAAGCCAACAUGACCGUGGAGCUGCCCCUCAUGGAGAGGGAGGCAGGGACGGCGGCGGCAGUGGCGAGGGCCAGUGGGCCCCGGGAGAUCUCUACCUGCUUCCCCUCCAACGUGGACUUUCUGUGCCUGCAGGAGGUCUUUGACCCACGGGCCUCCGCCCGCCUGUGCCAGCUGCUCAGUCCCCAUUUCGAGCACAUCGUCUAUGACGUGGGCACCUACGGCCUGCAGGCCUGCUCCGCCCCGAAGCUGCUGAACAGCGGGCUCUUCCUGGCCAGCCGCUACCCGCUCUUGGCGGUGGAGUUCCACUGUUACCCCAAUGGCACCGGCGAGGAUGCCCUCUGUGCCAAGGGCCUGCUGUGUGCACAGGUGCAGCUGGGAGCUUGCCAAGGGCGAAGGGUCGUUGGAUAUCUGAGCUGUACCCACCUGCAAGCCCCGGAAGCUGACGGCCCGAUCCGGUACGACCAGCUCAGCCUUAGUCUGCUUUGGGUGCAGCUCUUCCAAGACUCUCACGCGCAGCCAGGGGACGUGGUAGCCUUUGACAUCUACUGUGGGGACCUCAACUUCGACAAUUGCUCUCCAGGCAAUGAGAGGGAACAAGGCCACGAGAUCUUCAGCCUCUACACAGACCCUUGUCGCAUCUGUCCUCGCAAGGACAAGCCUGGGGCAAUCGGGACGCUGAUGAACUCUCUGCGCAUCUAUGAUGAGGCUGUGGCCACCCCAGAGAAGCUGAAGAGGACUCUGGAGAAUCCGGAGGAGCGGACGAAGUACCUGGCGGGCCCCAUCCUGGCCGAUGGUGGUUCCGACCCCUCGGCACCCUGGGGCAAAGAAGGGCGGCGCAUCGAUUACACUCUUUACCGGGAGCACCCGGGCCCUGUGGCGUUGCAGACAGCAGCCCCUGCUCGUAAAGAGGAGCUUUCCUCGCACAGAGAUCCCUGGGUCUGCCGUGGAAGCUGGGCUGAGAGCGUCUGGUGCCGCUGGGGAGAGCCCAGUUGUCUGAACACGCUGCUGCUGACCCAGCCGAGGAUGCGGCGGUGGAGAAGGUCGUCUUCAUCACCCAGUUGGCCACCUGCUCGGAUCACUUGCCCGUUGGACUGCGGCUGCUUGUGUCUUCGGUGGCGGAGCCGGAAGCGUGAACUGGUAGCCCUAGUGUGGAAGGACCCACCGUGAUGUGCGGGUGAACUGAAGCCCCAGCUUCAGGGAUGGGAAGCAGUCACGGGCAGGGCGAGGGCAAGCAGUUACUUAACCAGAAGCUGAGCAGGGAGCUUUGUGAUGGCUGAAGGGCUGGCAUGAUUGCAGGUGCUGGAGAAGUGGCCUACUGCGGUCUCCCGUACCCAGCGGCUGGUGAAAAAUAAGUGCUGCCCCAGGUCAGCUGGGACCAUCAAUCCAAAGUCCUGAGUCCUCUGUCCAAGAGGUGAACCCACGUGUCUGAGCUGCCCCUUCUUAGUCCUCCCCCCAUCUUGGCCCUCCAAGAAAAGGCUGCGUGAAGACAGCCGAGGCUGAGACGAGAUGGGGCAGGGUGGAGAGCGAGAUUGGACCGUGCUUGGCGUGGCCUGUUCCGCAUCCAGGUUAUGCUGGUUAUUGAAGGGCCGGUACAGAAUUUUGGCUGGAGAACUGGAGUCUCCCCACCCAUCAAAUCAGUAUUUUUUCACAAGGUGCAAUUUCAGUUUCGUAACUAUCACCCAAAUGUUGUCAGCCUCCCAAGAUAAAAAUCUAACCACCCAGAUUACACAUUCUGUGUCAGGCAUGUAUAGAACUGAAUGUUUCAGCAACAUCUGAAUUGUUUCCAAGAAACAGAAAGGCCCCAAAUAUAAUAAUUUACUGCAUUUGAGCAGAA